GACCUAAUCAUGUGACGUGAAAUCAGCUGUGACUGUCGUGUGUGUUGUGUGUGCAAGAACGCACGCAAAAACUUUCGACCAAUGACCAACAAGAAGACAACCAGCCCACACCAGGCCAGAAGAACUUUCUUUUAUAUGAAAGAGACAUUCAGAGUUGUCAAAGAUCUCACUCCAGCACAAACUGUGACAACAAUAAAAUGGGAACCGGGAUUAGCAGUAAUGCCGCGGGUUUCAUCGGGGCUGCAGUCGCGAUUGUGUGCUUUGGAAGCAACUUGGUGCCCGUAAAGCACGUAGAGACUGGAGACGGUGUGUUCUUUCAGUGGAUAAUGUGUUCAGGUGUUUGGUUUGUUGGCCUUAUGAUCAACUUAUUCCGCUCUAGUCCAACCUUCUAUCCUUUAUCUAUGCUUGGUGGUUUCCUCUGGGCGUCAGGAAACGUAAUGGUGGUGCCAAUUUUAAAGACCAUCGGACUAGGGCCAGGUUUACUGAUUUGGUCGUCAGCCAAUAUGAUAUCUGGAUGGGCCAGUGGACAAUUUGGAUGGUUCGGUUUGAAUAAAGAUGUGUUAACACGACCAACUCUGAAUUAUAUUGGAUUUGCUUUGGCUUUUAUGAGAUUAGUGAUAUUUGUGGGAGUCAAACCAGAUCCUGUUGGUCUAAAGCAAAAGACAAUGGGUUCAUCGACCCCUACCGAUCCAUCUAGUGAUAGCAAUCCUUUAAUUAAUACAGAUCAACAUGCAGUCAAUACCUCCCAUAAAGUGGAGAACCAGACAAUAUCUACUGAUGCAUCAUGGGUAGAUCACCUGACUACCAUGCAGAAAAGGAUAGUAGGAUGUUCGCUAUCUCUAAUAUCUGGUAUUCUUUAUGGCUUCAACUUUAUUCCUUGUUUAUGGAUCCAGGAUAAUGUUAAAGGGGCGAGUCAAGAUGGUUUAGACUAUGUGUUUGCACAUUAUUGUGGCAUCUAUGCAACCAGUACAGCCUACUUCCUCAUCUAUUCUGCCUACAUGCAGAACAAACCCCAGUACUCAGAGAGGCUCGUCUUGCCCAGUAUGGUCUGCGGUAUGAUGUGGGCGGUCGCCCAAGCAGGGUGGUUCGUAGCCAACACAAACCUUACCGAAUCGGUGGCCUUUCCCAUCGUGACAACGGGUCCUUCUAUUCUUGCUGCCCUGUGGAGUGUGUUCUACUUCCGAGAGAUACGUGGACUGAGGAAUUACAUCCUUCUUGUCAUUGCCUUUAUUGUAGCUACAGCUGGUGUUGUGUGCACUGCCCUAUCUAAAGUAUGAAUGGUGCCAGCACGUUUCCCUGGGGUACUCCCAGACUUCAAGGAAGUAAAUUAAAAUUUGCUGUAACUUCUGAAAAGGAUCAAUUAACUCGGCCAUUGACUUGCUUUGUUUGAAAUAUUAUUUCAAUGAAUGGAAAAAACAAAUAAGUUUACUGCCAUUUUUACCUCAUUUUCAUUUAACAAGUACAUUUACCUGUAAUGAGAAAUGAAAGAGAAAUUGAUGUGAUAUUAUGCUCAUUUUGUAACAGCUAGAAUUUAUACUGCAUAAAUUCAUUACAGAAUUAGGAAUUAUUUGUGAGGGAAACUUGUGUCACAAUAUUUUUGUGUGAAAAUCUGAAAUAUCAAAUUAUCAUAUUGGAUUAUUCUAUUUUGUGAUCUUUAUGAUGAUAUAUUUUUCUAUUUUUGUAUUAAAAUAAAACUAAAUGUAAUUAUUUGCAUUGUUUUUGUUGUGGUAAAAUUCUCAGGGUGGAUGAAUAUAUUGACCAUUAUUAUAAAUUUUUUGUAGUUUUUGUGUGGUAUCACGUACUGUGAUUGCAUUUGUGCCAAAUUUAAUAUAUGACAUGUUCAAGUAUAUCACACUGGUAAAAUGAUCAGACAAUGAACAUGUAACUACAUACUUUUGAGGAAAACUUAAUGAGUUUGCUACUAUGUAUACAUGUAGGAAGGUAUGUCUUUGAUUUGCUCUUGUAAGUGCUAUGAUUUUAAGAUUCGUCGAACUUGUUGUUUGGUAACCUUUUUUAACACGGCGGGGGAGGGGGGCUGAUUCAGAUCGCGUCGCUCGCUGAAUUUUUACUUUCAAGUCUCGCACAACUUUUAAGACCAAAAUUGCGACCCCCAGAAAUGCGGUUCCGAAAUUAUGCAACAUUUCUUAAGUGCAUGCAGGCCCAAAAUUGUUCAAAAACGUGAAUUUGUGUACAAAUCCAAUGCAAAUGGUGUUUUUAGCCAAAAUUCAUAAAUGUAUUAUUAUUUUUCCUUUCACAAUUCAAAAUCAAUUGAUUCCAUCUUUUUAAUGGUCAAAAUAAAGUCCCUGACAAUUUCCAUUGAAUAAACAAAAAAUAACAAGAGUGUCGCCAAGGCGAGCACAUAAUACGCCCGCCUGUAAAGCGGAAAAUGGAGAUAUCAUUCAAGCAAGAAAAGUGGAAGGUGGCGACUUCACCUUUGACUGUCUGACCUCAAUAUCAAUAGAAUUCCUGAGAUCUAUGCUAGUAUCAUACAAACUAAAUUAUAUGAGCCUAAAGGUUAAGUUAAACUGAAGUUAUCGCAAGGACUGCAGCAGGGUAAGGUGAAAACAUGUCACUGUGACCUUGACCUUUUGACCUCAAAAUCAAUAGGCUUCCUGGGAUCUAUGCUAGUAUCAUACACACUAAAUUAUAUGAGCCUCUAGGUUAAGUUCAACUGAAGUUAUCGCGUUUACAAGGACUGCAGAAGGGUACGAUGAAAAUACGUCACUGUGACCUUGACGUUUGACCUUUUGACCUCAAAAUCAAUAGGCUUCCUGGGAUCCAUGCUAGUAUCAUACAUACCAAAUUAUAUGAGCCUACAGUAGGUUAGGUUCAACUGAAGUUAUCGCGUUUACAAGGACUGCAGAAGGGUACGAUGAAAAUACGUCACUGUGACCUUGACCUUUUGACCUCAAAAUCAAUAGGCUUCCUGGGAUUAAUGCUAGUAUCAUACACACCAAAUUAUAUGAGCCCUAGGUUAUGUUCAACUGAAGUUAUCGCGUUUACAAGGACUGCAGAAGGGUACAAUGAAAAUACGUCACUGUGACCUUGACCUUUUGACCUCAAAAUCAAUAGGCUUCCUGGGAUUAAUGCUAGUAUCAUACACACCAAAUUAUAUGAGCCCUAGGUUAUGUUCAACUGAAGUUAUCGCGUUUACAAGGACUGCAGAAGGGUACGAUGAAAAUUUGUCACUGUGACCUUGACCUUUGACCUCAAAAUCAAUAGACUUCCUGGGAUCCAUGCUAGUAUCAUACAUACCAAAUUAUAUGAGUCUAGGUUAAGUUAAACUGAAGUUAUUGUUUACAAGGAAAAGUUAACGGACGGACGGACACCGAGCGUGAUACCAUAAUACGUCCCGUCGAGACAGGCGUAUAAAAAAACAAAGAAAUACAUUACAAUUGAUCGGAUCCCUAAAAAGAGUCUGUGAACCAAAAAUUAGCAUUUUAGGGGCAUUAGUUAAUUAGAGCAAACUUUUGAUUUUACGUAUAAAUUAGCAUUAUUAAUUAGCUACGAGAUUUUUCACAGAAUUUGACCUUAUAGUUAUGUAGAUUAUGCCAUGGGUAACGUGCAUGCCAAUUUUUGUCGCGAUUGACGACCAAGAUCAUAAGGGGGGAGGGGCCGAUCUCAUCCCCCUAUCUAUUCUGAUAGUUUUAGCCGGGGGGGGGGGGUACUCAGAUUUCAGUCAGAAUGGGUUGUGCUAAUCUCAUCCCCCCCCCCCCCCCGUCUUCUUAGGCGUCGAAAUAGCCGUCUAUUUAGGGUUAAAAGUUAAAAAUCCGCUUUUCAUGUAAAAUCCUCAGAUCGUGC